AUGCACCGUUUCGACCCCAACGCGCGAUGGACCUGGAGGGAAGAGCGCGCCCUGGUCCGCAAGAUCGACUUCCGCAUCAUGCUGUGGACCUGUCUGAUGUUUUGCGCCCUCGAGAUGGACCGCGCAAACAUCAAGCAGGCCGUGACCGACGAUCUCCUGCCCGAGCUCGGUCUCACCACCAACGAUUACAACAUCGGUAACUCGCUGUUCGCCCUCUCGUUCCUUCUCGCCGAGGUCCCAUCACAGCUCGUGAGCAAGUGGCUCGGCCCCGACCGCUGGAUCCCCAUCCAGAUGGUUCUUUGGUCUAUGGUCGCGUCGAGCCAGUUUAUGCUGAGCUCGAGAGCCGGGUUCCUGACAUCUAGGGUCUUCCUGGGCGUCCUGCAGGGCGGCUUCAUCCCGACCGUGGUGCUCUACCUCUCGUAUUUCUACAAGUCGCACGAGCUCUCUAUCCGCCUAGGGUUUUUCUGGACCGCCAUGGUGUUUGCGGACAUCUUUGCGGCCAUCUCGGCGUUUGCGUUGCUGCACAUGCGGGGCGUUUUGGGGUAUUCUGGUUGGAGGUGGCUGUUUCUCGUCGAGGGAUUGAUCACAUUGAUCUUUGGCUUACUCGCAUUUGGUCUGAUGCCGGCUGGCCCGACACAGACUGCGAGCUGGUUCAGGGGCAAGAAGGGCUGGUUCACCCCCAGGGAGGAGAUAAUCAUCGUCAACCGGGUUAUCCGCGAUGACCCCUCCAAAGGAGGGAUGCACAACCGCGAGCCGCUGACAUUCCGCCUCUUGUGGAAGAGUCUGUGUGAUUACGAUCUGUGGCCUCUCUAUUUGAUUGGCAUUACGAACCACAUCCCGUUUGCCACGCCGAGCACGUACCUUACGCUGACCCUGAAAGGCAUGGGCUUCACAACCUUUGAGACAAAUUUGCUGGUCAUCCCGUCGCAGCUCCUUCAUGUGGUGAACAUGAUCAUCAUCACAUAUGUCAGCGAAAUGGUCAGCCAGCUAGCCCUCGUUGCCGUAAUCCCUCAGAUCUGGUCGCUUCCAUUUCUGCUUUGGUUGAGGUUUGUCGACACAUCGACCGUGUCGAGGUGGACAGUCUGGCUGGUCAUGACGAUCUUCCUGGGGAAUCCAUACGCACAUCCCAUCCAAGUUGGCUGGGUGUCACGUAACUCCAACACAGUUCGUAGUCGGGCAGUUGGCUCGGCGAUGUACAACAUGUGUGUUCAGGGCGGCGGCAUCAUCUCAUCCAAUAUCUACCGCGAGGACGACGCCCCCCAGUAUAACCGCGGAAACAGCGUGUUGCUCUCCGUCGUGGGAUUCAACAUUGUGCUUUAUCUGUCCACAAAGUUGUACUACACGCUCCGGAACAGGUCUAGGGAGGAGAAGUGGAGUAAAAUGUCGGAGCACGAACGCUUUCAAUAUCUGUCUACGACUAAUGACUCUGGAAAUAAGAGGCUAGACUUUAGAUUCGCAUCCUAA